UCGUUUCAUUUCGCAAGGCAUAUUAGAUCCUUUGUAAACAAAGAGUAUUUAUAGACGAACAGCGACAGUGAAAUCAUUAAGGAAGAAAAAUGUCAGGGAAAGGAUAUCCAACGCAGCCUCGCCCAUACCCAGUACAACAAAACAACGUUCAGUUCGCAUACCCCCAGGCUCAACCAUGGCAACCAUCAGCGCCACCUAUGUAUGGUAUGCCAAAUGAAGCUCCUCCCCCCUACAGCUACCAACCUCCCCCACAGCAGCCCCAGAUGCCAGCAGGAUAUCAGAUGUAUCCACAGACACAGAAUGUACAGUUAGCCGGACCUGGGGGCAUGGUCAGCAAUGGUCAAGUGGCCAUGGCUUCCUUUGACUCAGGAGCAAGAUUUGAUGGCAUUUCCCAACCAAGAAUACCUCCCCCACCCCCUGGGUGUAUGCCUACAGCAGCCCAGCAGGCUGUGAUGCAGGGUCGUCCCAUCGUGGCCCAGCAGCAGAAAGCGAACUGGUUCUCGGGAAGUGGAGGGGGGUAUACAUGGGGAGGGUUAUAAACUCUACAUAAAGGGUCACUAAAGAGCAGUGUAUAGGGAGUCUAUAGGGAGACUCAGGUCAUCUAAAAUCUUUUCAUUCCAUGUAGGAAUCAUCUGUGUAAAAAGUCUUUUAUCAUCACAAAUUCUGAUGAAGGGCUGGGAGAAAAAACAGAGUGAUGAUUUAUAUAAUUCAGACCAAAGGUUUUAUUUGAUUUUAAGAGCCAAGUAUUCAUGAUCAUUGACUGUGCACAACUACUUGGAGAAUAGGUUGAUUAAUUUUUUUCUUAAUUGACCAAUUUCCAUAAUGUUAACUGAACUGAAAAAGCAUUAAUUGCUGACACUUUUUUGUACAUAUUUUAUUAAUUAUUUUCUUUUAAAAAUAUGUUUAACUUGUUGCUGAAUUUUACAUUAUGUAAAUUGUAAUAAGAUUUUUUCAUUAUCAAUUUCUUUAUUCAUCAUGAUACUUAUAAAAUAUUCAUCGUCACUGUAUAUAUCUUUCAUUUAGAAGACUGUGAUGUUAUAUAAUAUAUGAACAUUCUACUAUUUAUACUCAAGUUGUAAAUAAAUGAUGUUAAAAUUA